UUUUUCAGGUCUGGCACUUUUGCUUUUGUUGUCACCAAAUUUAUCAUCUACUGUUUUGCUAACGUGAAUAUUUUUGUUCUUUGUUAUAUAUUAGAUAUUUAACCAAAAUCGAAAAUGAAGUGAUAAACCUUCGUAUAUCCUUAAGACACCAGCAGUUUCGGCAUCGAUUGUAAAAGGGUUUCUUAAGAAUUGAACUAAAGUCAAGGAGGCUGGUUGUAGUUAAGUAUUGAAUAAGCUGGUUUUUUAUGCACCAACAUCGUCGUCGCAAAUCUGUUAAUAUGUACGACAUACCAUUGGGAGUAUUAGUUGCACAAAAGCUAAGUAGUGUGUGUUGUCCCCGGUUGCAAUUGCGCAAAGAUAUCGUCUUUAAGGGAUCCACCAUCAUUCUCACUUACUUGGCAUAUGCUGCUUAUCACAUGUCCAGAAAACCAAUAUCUGUUGUGAAAUCAGUAUUACAUGAGAACUGCACAAACCCAAACAACACAACUGACAAUGACUGUGGCUAUCCACCUUUUGACGUGCCCGAUGCAUCUACACUCUUUGGUACACUUGAUUCAGCAUUUCUUGUAACCUAUGCCAUUUCUAUGUUUGUUUCUGGCAUUGUUGCUGAACGAGUUUCCCUGCGUUAUUACUUGAGUUUGGGCAUGUUGUUUUCCGGACUCUUCACGCUGCUAUUCGGUGCGGCUAAAUCAUGGAACAUACAUAGCAUGUGGUACUUUGUUAUAGUUCAGAUAUUAGGCGGCAUUGUCCAAACUACAGGCUGGCCGGGCGUAGUCACAUUGAUGGCCCGUUGGUUUGGCAGAUCGAAACGUGGUCUUAUAUUCGGCAUUUGGAAUAGUCAUACUUCAGUAGGUAAUAUACUUGGCACAUUGAUAGCCGCCCACUUUGUGGAGAGUAAUUGGAUGCUGUCAUUUGCUGUGCCUGGCACAAUAAUGGCGGGUUUGGGAUUUGUAAUGUUUUUGUUUAUUGUCGACGAUCCUGAAAUCGUUGGCUUGCCGUCAACUCGAUCUCAUUUGCCGGUGAAUCAUAGCAGUGCACAUGAAGAUGAAGAGCGCGGUCCAGUUUUGGCAAGUUAUGAGGCGAACAUUGGUAUUCAUGGCUAUACAGACGAUUAUACAGAAAUAAAUCACCGUGCAUCUGAGCGUACACCAAUUUUGGCUCGUAGUAGAUCACAACCCAAUGCGCACACUGAACGAAACGCUGUUGGCAUACUUCAGGCUCUAUCCAUUCCUGGCGUUGUAGAAUUCUCAUUGUGCUUAUUCUUUGCUAAACUCGUUAGUUAUACAUUCCUCUAUUGGCUGCCACUAUAUAUACAAUCUUCCACUACAUUAAGCCCCAGCGUUGCUGCAGAUCUCUCUACACUGUUUGAUAUCGGUGGUAUUUUUGGAGCGAUUGCAGCAGGAACUGUAUCCGAUCACACAGGAAUGCCCGCCACAACUUGCUUAGUCUUGUUAGUGUGCGCAGCGCCACUGCUAUUUAUGUAUGUCCAUUUCGGCGGCAUAUCGUUAUUCGUAAAUAUUAUUCUACUUUUACUUGCUGGAUUUAUGGUCAAUGGACCAUAUGCGCUUAUUACAACAUUCGUUAGUGCCGAGUUAGGACAGCACCAAUCGCUAUCACACAAUGCUAAAGCUUUAGCGACAGUAACGGCGAUUAUAGACGGCACUGGAUCAAUUGGUGCGGCUGUUGGCCCAUUUAUUGCCGGAUUAGUAUCACAAAGCGGCUGGGAGAAUGUAUUCAAUAUGCUUAUAUGCGCAGAUAUAUUAGCCAUGAUUAUAGUGUCGCGUCAAGUAGUCAAGGAAGUGCUUAGGUUACGUCGAGUUCGUCGAAUUCGUAUAGAGUAAAAAUUUGCCUGCGUAGAAGCUAGUAAAUUCUUUAUGUUUAUUAAUACAAAUAACGAAACUGCUAACAUAUCGGUAAUAUUUUAUUACAUUGAAACGCCCUUACAAUAUACAUCUAAUAAGUCUCAUAUUGCAAGUAAAGAUAUAUAUAUGUAAUUGAAAUCACAUCAAAUUAUCAUGUCUAUUGCAUUUCCAAGAUUAUUGAAUUAUUUCUGUAAAAUCGCUAUUUAUGAAUACUUUUUGUUUAUGUUUAAAAUGCAAGUUCAGCGAAAACCUGUAAAUAUCUUAGUUAUAAAGUUACCAAUAGUGUUUUUUUUUAAAUAAAUAAAAUAUUGAUUCUUUUUUAUCAU